ACUUUAAAAUGUCUCGGUAUAAGAAGUCCUUAUACCGAUAUCGCGAUUCAUUCGUGAAAUGGAAAUCGACAUCAAGAAACCCGAAGUCGAGUACAAGCACGCUCUUGAGUUUGCUACGGAACCGCCGCUCACAGAUGCGCUCGCUCAUCUGUGGGCGGCUGUUCGGAAACUCGGAGAAGGGACCAUAAAAUGCAUCGAAGAUAAGAACUCGCUCUUACGAGUCAUGGACAACUAUCGACAAUUGAUGCCAGAAAUAAAACAAUCCAUAGUGUUGGAACAGAAAUCAAUGGAUAAUCUUAAAGAGGAAUUAAACUCUGCACACUGUAUGCUGGAUGCUUCCAAUCUACGGGAACAAAUCAUCCAAGAGUCAAAUGAUAAUUUACUUGCACAGAUAAAGACUUUAAAAAAUGAAUUGGACGUAAAAAACAAACAAAUGGAAGAAGAAAGCUUGUUUUCUUCAAUGGGCCAAGGUGAUACGAGUCAAUUAGAGCUAACAAGAACAAAGCGAGAACUGACUAGAAUAGACGCUGAAAACAAGCGUCUUGAUAAUCUCUGUGAAUCGUUAAAAAAAGAACUGGAUGCCGCCGAGUAUAAUGUCAGAAAUCUUGAAGCUGAUUUAGCCGCUCAAAGUAAUAACCUUGUAAAAGAAAUAAAGACCAAGGAAAAAUUGGAGGAUCGUAUAAAAGGUGAUCACGAUCAAAUGGAAAAAAUCAAAAUCGAAUUAGGCAUAGUUAAGAACAAUUUCAAAAAAUCCGAAACAAAUAUGGAAAAACUCAAUGAAACAUUAAAAGACUUAAAAAUAGUGAACAAUAAUUUGAGUACGAAAAAUACGUCUUACGACAAACAGAUAAAAAAACUUAAUAGAGAAUUAAGAAUUAAAACUGAACUAAGAGCCGACAACAUGAAAGAAAUAAAUAGACUUCAAGAUAAAAUAUCUUUUCAAGAAAGUGAGCUACUAAGGGUUCAGUCUGAACUCACACGUUUAAUUGCAACCCACGAAACAUCGGUAAGAAAGCGACAAGAAACUAUGGAGGAGAUGGAAAAAAUUAUGGGAAUAAAAAAAGAUGCCGAAAAUCAUAUAGCUAUUUUGAAACGAAAUUUAAAUGUGCUACAAGUAGACAAUGAUAAACUUAAAAGUGCGUUAGAGCUAUCAGAAAGGGAAAAGAAGUUACUUGAAAAAAACCUAAUUAAAAUCAAUGAACAAAUAAUCUCAUACACUGAAAAAAUGAAUAUCAAAGAGUCAGCGUUCCGAGUUUUGGAAACUGAAUUUAGCGAUGCACAAAAGUAUAUCGAUAAAUUAGAUCAAGAGAAAACUAUGUUUAAAAAAAAUACAGAAAAGUUACACCAUGAAAUAGUUACUCUACGACACAAAGUGCACGAAGACUCAGUCAAUGUGAACCGCAAAGAUUUAGAAAUAGAAAAAUUAAAAAAAGAAGUUAAUCAUUGGAGUGACAAGAUAAAAGAACAAGAUCAUGAUUUACAUAUAGUAAAAUCGGAAAAAAUUCUAUUUUCAAAAAAUCUGUCGGAAGUUAAAGAUGAAAAAGACGAAAUGAAAGAUAAAAUAAAAAUGAUCUCACAACAACUUGAACAGCAGAAAGAAUAUGUGGCAUACAAAGAAGUGCAGUUGACGAAAAAAGACACAGCAUUAAAGCAAACCGAAAAAGAACUACAAAGAUGUCAACAGGAAAUCGAUGAAUUCGAGACCAAAGUUGAAGAAAUGUCAAAUUUAUUAAAGAAAAAAAAUGAAGAUGAAAAGUCGAUAACCACAACAUUAAAAACAUUGAAAAAAAAAAUUGAGAUACUUCAGAAACAGAAUGAUGAAGCCAACAAAGACAAAAACAAACUCGUAAAUCAAAUGAAUUUACGCAACGAAGAGUUAUUAAAACAGAAAGAUGUUAAUGACAUAUUAAGGACGACUUUGAGCAAGGGAGAAGCAGAGUACAACAAAAGGAUCGAGGACAUUAGAUUGCUGAAAUUGGAAGUAAAGCGUCUGAGCAUGCAAAAGGGUUUGCUGACGAAAAACCUGUCGGAAGUAAACGAUAUAAGAGGUGAAGUACUCAAAUAUGAACACAAAUUAAAUCGGGAACGUUUGAAGUGUCGAGCUCUGGAAGAUAUCCUACUAAAACCCACAAACGUACACCGCUGGAGACUUUUAAAAAACACUGAUCCACCGGCUUAUGAGAUGACUGUCAAAGUGAAAAUCCUUCAAAAACGUUUACUCGAACAAUGUACCAGAUUAUUUGACAAGGAUUUACAAGUUCAAGAGAUGCAAAAUAGGUACGAAAAACUGAAAGACGAAUUUGUUAAGCUACCGGGCAAAGAUAUCUUUAAGGAGAUGAACAAUAUCAAAAGGACUCUAAUGAAAAAAGAAGACAAGAUGAGGAGUUUAUCUGGAGAGUUAAUUAUCUGUCGUCAAACCGCUAAAAAGUACAUGUUUGACUUGGAGAGAGCAAAAAAAGACUUAAAUGAUUUCAAAAACAAAUACUACGAAUUGUUUUUUUUUUUUUUUUUUUUUGUAUUUCUCUAUAAAAAUUUACUGUCAAAUAGUUUAUAAAUGAGCUGGACGUGUUUGUAAUAAAAAUAUCUGUACAAAUCAAACAUUAUAAUAUUAUAACAGUAAAAUACUUUUGAGAUGGUUUAGUUAUAGCCA